AUGCUAAAUGAGGAGAAAUAUCGCAAAUCUUCUAUUACUAAAAGUAAACAAGAUUCGUUGAUUUGUCAGGGUUAUUUGUUGGUAGAAGAUUUCCUCCCAAAAGAGCUUCUGGAAGAAUGUAAACAAAAUAUUGAAGAAAUGGUGGAAGAUGUCGCUCAAAAAUUAUAUAAGGCUGGUAAAAUAAAAAAUUUAUAUAAGGACGUAGAUUUGUUUCAAAGAUUGACGAAAAUAGAGGAAGAAUUCCCUGGUGCAAAUAUAGUGCUACAUAAAUACCCUCAAUGUCCGAAGGCGUUUCAAAAAUUGUUCACGUAUGAGCCAUUAUUAAAUGUUAUAGAGCAGUUGAUAGGACCAGAAAUAGCUGCUCAUCCUGUUUGGAAUCUGAGAACUAAAACUCCUCAAAAUGAAGCCACUACUGUACCUUGGCAUCAAGAUGUCGGAUACCUUGAUAAUAGAUCUUACCAGGUAAUGCAAGCAACAGCAUGGAUACCGUUUUUAGAUACGACUUCCCAUAAUGGGUGUAUGCAGCCAUUAAUAACCAUCAAGGCAUUGCCGGAUAUUUUACAUUGUCACUGUGCCCCACUCGGCACCACAAAACAGCCGAAGGUAGUAGAAAAAGGACAUAAAACUGGUAAAGUAGCUGAUCAUCAAUGUUGUUAUGGUGGUACUUGGUAUGUUAUGUUAUUUGAAGAUGAGAUGGAGAAAAAACUCGAUGUAGAUGUUAAAAGAGAUGUAAGAACAUGUCCUGUACCGUUUGGUGGUAUGCUCCUUAUUAAUAAUUUGAUUCCACAUAGAAGUCUAAGUAAUCUUUCAAAUGACAUCAGAUGGAGCGCGGAUUUGAGAUGGCAAAAUCCAAAUUAUCCUGUUGGUUUUUAUGAUCUUAAAGAGAGCUUAUUAUUACGAUCACCAAAAUAUCCAAAUUUAAAAGUUGAUUGGGACUCGUGGAACAACGUCGAUCGCCAAAUUAAAGCAAAGGAAAUGGUUAAAGGCCAUAUAGCAAAUAUUGUCAGUGAUGACUUACCGGAUGAAGAAUUUGAUACAACAAUAACGGGUCCAUGGAUGAAGAAAUGGGAUUUGAUUCAUAUGAACAGACAUACAGAGAAAAUGUUGUUAGAAAGCAAAUAG